AUGGCAAAAGAGAAAGCUAGCUUCGGUAAACGACUCUCACAAUUCUUAUCAAAGAUGUUUUGGCAUUUGAAUCAACCAGUAGUACCAACGUAUACUUAUCCCAAUCGCAAGAACUCAACAUCAUCAUCAAAUAAAUCCAUUAAAAAAGUUCAAGUCAAAUCUUCUUAUCAAAUUUCACCAAUUGAUGUAAAUCAUCUACAUCCUCAUUUUUCACCACGAUAUCGAACAGCUUUAGCACGACCACGUGCUCCAAUAUUAACAUCAAUUCAAGAAGAAUAG